AUGAUGGUCGAGCCUUCUGAUACUAUAGAAAAUGUGAAAGCGAAGAUCCAGGAUAAGGAGGGCAUCCCUCCGGAUCAGCAGCGGCUGAUCUUUGCUGGGAAGCAGCUGGAAGAUGGACGCACACUGUCCGACUACAACAUUCAGAAAGAAUCAACCCUUCACCUUGUGCUGAGACUUCGGGGCGGUGCCAAGAAAAGAAAGAAGAAGUCUUACACCACCCCCAAGAAGAACAAGCAUAAGAGAAAGAAGGUUAAGCUUGCAGUGCUCAAGUACUACAAGGUGGACGAGAACGGCAAGAUCAGCCGCCUGCGCCGGGAGUGCCCGUCGGAGGAGUGUGGGGCUGGAGUCUUCAUGGCCAGUCACUUUGACAGGCACUACUGUGGCAAGUGCUGUCUGACCUACUGCUUCAACAAGCCAGAGGACAAGUGAAUGUCCCCCACAAUAAAGAGCUGACCUUCUGUACGGUU